AUUUAUUUGUCAUAUGUGCGGUCGGUACGACAUGUCGGUAUUUUCUGCGACUUAUUUUCGAAAAGUCUUCCGAAUUCUUUGCGGUAGAUAUUAAAAACGAUCGAUGUGAAGAUGGCUAUAGUUUUACGCACGUUUUCUCCUAAAAUUCUACCUAUAAAUGGUAUAGUUUCGACUAAAAGCCAUUCCAGCCGCUUAGCUCGGAAAAUUCCCUUGCGAACUCAGUUUCUAGAAGAUUUCCUGAGCCAGCGUCGCAUAUCCAGCUGUCAGUUGCUGCCAAAACCAUCUGCAGAGAGCAACAUAGAUGAUAUUUACAUCCAUGAGAUAGCUGUGAAUUCCCACAUAAUUCAAGAGCACCGCUCAGACUUUGAAAAUGUCAGUCGUCGCUUGGAGACCAUCGAUAACAGAUUGGGCAGCGCUGAAAUAGAAAUGAAAGCUUUAGGUCUGACCGCUGAUGACUACAUUGAACAGAGAGUCUCGGGACACAGUAACGAUGACAUUUCUUACAGUAGUUUCAGUAACUUAGACCUUGCAAAAUAUAAUGAGGAUUUAACACCCACAUGCCUCUCCGACUUUGAAAGAAAUGCGGUAGCAUUCUGCACUGGUGAACCUUCACCGUCUCCAGAAAAACAAACAAACACAUCAGUGUCAACUGAAGGAAAGCCGAGCGAGGAGCAGCUUAUGAAAGUAUAUCAUGUACUCUCUGAUACUAUGCCAAAUUUGUUCAUCAAGCCAUUGGACUACUCCAUAUACCAUCCAAAUCUGGUGUUUAUCAACAACAUUAGGGGUGUCACUACUGUAGGACUGUUCCACUAUGUGAAACAAAUAGCCUUGCUGCGCACCAUAGGCCAUCUCAAGUUUGCGUAUGUCAACUUUGAAGUGAUCAAGAUAACUGCGCACCCCGAGGAUUCUUCAGUCAGGAUGAGAUGGCGCGUCAGAGGCAUAUCCGGUUUGAAGGUGUUCUUGAUGUUUUGGAAGUACAAAUUGUGGAACCUCAAACAGGCCUUCCAAGAACAGGAACUGUGGUAUGAUGGUUUCUCUACAUUUUACGUCGGCGGCGAUGGUCUGAUCCAGAAACAUAUCGCUGACAAGGUGAUGCCCGACCAAGACACCAUCAUUGAUGACGCAGAGAAGGCGCCGAUAGCAGCGAAAAUAGCCCUGCUUAUUGGACUAUUCCCCCGGAAUUAUCUCUCUGACGUGUCUCCCUAUUUUAGCUCAUCAGCCGGCACUGCGGACACCACAGCAUUACCUUUCAAAGUCCUAGAAUAGCCUGGCAACACCUGAGGGACUACCACACAAAUUGCUCACGCUUCACAAAUGUCUGUUGGGCAAAUUUAUUUUUAAAGUUGUCAUUAAAAAUAGUAGUUUUUAAAAUUCGAAUUGGCAACAUUUAAAUACACGCGCUUGAGAUUCCGCGUUGGAAUCGAACAAAUUGUUUUUAGGAAAAUAAUGAAAAUAGGAUUACACCAAAAUGACGUCGACAUUAUACAUUUUGAUAUGUUAUGUUGUUUGUAAUUUAUUGAUUAUUAUGACUCACUAACCUUAAUGCAUAUUCGAUUGUUUAGUUAUCAUCAACAUUCAAAGUUGUUAUAGAUUUUAUUUCGUUAGCUUCAUGAUUCAAUUUAUGAAUUGCUUCAGUCUUGUUGAGUUUUAUUUAUUAUUAGCGAAUGCCUUGCGUUAGUUAUUUACUAAAGUUAUGUAUUUGUAUUCCGAUACAAUAAAUAAUUAUGUGAAUUA